CGGCUCUUCAAAUUCAUGGACAUAUACGAGACAAUCCGCGAUCUCAUCCCGGCGAUCAGCGAGUCAUGCUCGGACGUCUGCCGGAACGAGAUCACACACGAGAUCGCCGCCGCGGGAGACAGAAUCGGAGAAGCAGUUGUGAGCGUAUUCUCCGAUCAAAAUCGUAUCCAGCCGCAAUCCCAUCAACAUCCCGGCAAGGUUGAAGUGAAGGCUAUGAUGUGGGAGGUUGACAGGACUGUUCGAUCUAGUGCUCUUGCCCUUGGUAAAAUAAGUGCACUCACAACUAGGAUUGAUCCUUUGGUUGGUGAUCUUUUAUCUGCUUUGCAGCAGGCUUCGGAUAUUGGAAUUGGUGAGGCUAUUUUGACCGCUUUGAAAGGAGUGAUCAAACAUGCUGCCAAAAGUGUGAGCAGUGCUUCUAGAACACUUAUUGUUGAUGCUCUUUACUAUAACCCUUCAUUUACGCUGAGCAUACUGCAAAAGCUUGGUGUUGCUACAGAGAUCUUCAAUCUUUGGUUCCAUAUGCUACAACAAACUAAAAAAAGUGGAGCUCGGGCUAAUUCUAAAAGGGAGCAUGAGAAGAAGGUUUACUGCUUGGGCUUGACAUCAUUGCUGAGUCUUCCUGCUGAUCAAAUGCCUGCAGCUGCCUUUGAGGGCAUUUUUUUAAGGCCAUUCUUGACCUCCUUGUAUGCAAGCAAGGAGCAACUUGCUGAAGCUGCAAAGGGAGAGGAUGCUGAAGAUGAGGUUGAGAUGGAUGGAUUUCGAAGUGAUGACGAUGACAAUGAGUCUGAUAGAGAAAUGGCAGAUGAUGACGAGGAUGGAGAUGAAGCUGACAGCCUAAAGCUCCAAAAGUUGGCAGCAAAGGCGAGUGCUUUCCGCUCCAAUGAUGACGAGGAUGACUCAUCUGAUGAUGAUUUUUGUGAUGAUGAAGAGUUGCAAUCAGCCAUUGAUGAGGCGGAUCCUUUUGUUUUCUUUGUUGAUUCUGUCAAAGUGCUGGUUGGAUCGGCAGACAAGGGAUAGCAUUGGCUUUACAUUCUGUGGCUGAUGUGCUU